AUGAAGAAUAUAGGCCUGUGCAGGUUUUUUUUUUCAAAACUUGUCUUUGAUCCUCGUAUACCACCAAUAGGUGAAUGCUUCAGUGAUCAAGACCUGCUAUUCAUCUGUGACAAUUUGGAACCUGAAUCAUGGAGGAGACUAGGACUGCGACUUGGACAGACGUGGACAGAUAUAAAUAGGAUAGCAAACAACAACAGGUUAGUCGAAGACCGCAUAAUGGAAUUGCUAGUUACUUGGAGAAAUGGUCAGUCAAUAAACCAAAUACCAAUCAUGAUCCACACUUUGAGACUACAGAAGCUUGCUGGACUUGCGCAACGUAUAUCUGCAAGGUAUGGCUACAGUAACGAGUCAGGAGUUGCACCAACUCAGAUAAAUCAGCCUCAAGUGCAAACACCAGUCGAAGCCAAAUGCUUCAGUGAUCAAGACCUGCUAUUCAUCUGUGACAAUUUGGAACCUGAAUCAUGGAGGAGACUAGGACUGCGACUUGGACAGAUGUGGACAGAUAUAAAUAGGAUAGCAAACAACAACAGGUUAGUCGAAGACCGCAUAAUAGAAUUGCUAGUUACUUGGAGAGAUGGUCAGUCAAUAAACCAAAUACCAAUCAUGAUCCACACUUUGAGACUACAGAAGCUUGCUGGACUUGCACAACGUGUAUCUGCAAGGCAUGGCUACAGUGAUGAGUCAGAAGUUGCACCAACUCAGAUAAAUCAGCCUCAAGUACCAACACCAGUCGAAGGUUACUUAGCUGAACUUGACAUGCUGUUUAUCUCUGAACGACUUGGUCAUGAUUGGAAGGAUUUGGGGAUUUAUCUAGGUAUGAAGAGAUCUGAAAUAAAUCUAAUUCAAGUAGACUUUUCACCACCGGUUGUAGAUGCCUGUAUUGGAAUGUUGAUACGGUGGCGAGAAAGGCAGAGAGCUGAUGUAAAUCAUCUCGAAACGAUUAAGCAUGCAUUGGACCAACUUGAACGAAUGGAUAUCAUUAAAGAACUGAACAUUUAUUACCAGGAAAACUAUCAAAAAUAA